AUGGCUCUAUUUCGGUACUUACUGUCACGAAGACCUGGUUCACCAGGUGACACCAGUGAUAAAGACCACGGGCUGCUGUUUGUUGUGACGUUGGCCCUGGCCGGAGCUCGGGCAGACUAUGAGUGUAUGUGCAACUAUAACGUGGAGACGGCUGUCUUCCAACAACCGAGCACGAGCGGGCAGGCCAUUGGCUACCUGUACGAGUUCGACUGUAAGGCGAUUUACGAAAGCGGCGCCAAACACACGGGAUUCGCAGAGAUCGCGUUCGAACACCAAAUUGGUUAUGUAAAAGUGGACGCGAACGUGGAGAGCCAGACAUGUCCUGGCGAGCCGCCGGAUUCUGACAAACUUAUCACCACGACACCAGCACCAACGACUACCACAACAACACCAAAACAAACGACUACGACAACAACACCAAAACCAACGACUACCACAACAACACCAAAACCAACGACUACCACAACAACACCAAAACCAACGACUACCACAACAACACCAAAACCAACGACUACCACAACAACAACAAAGCCAACGACUACCACAACAACAACAAAGCCAACGACAACUACAACCACACCAAAACCAACGACUACCACAACAACACCAAAACCAACGACUACCACAACAACAACAAAUCCAACGACUUCCACGACAACACCAAAGCCAACGACUACCACAACAACACCAAAACCAACGACUACCACAACAACACCAAAGCCAACGACAACUACAACCACACCAAAACCAACGACAACCACAACAACACCAAAACCAACGACUACCACAACAACACCAAAACCAACGACUACCACAACAACACCAAAGCCAACGACAACCACAACAACACCAAAACCAACGACUAUCACAACAACAACAACAACAACAACAACACCAACACCAAAACCCACGACGACGUCAACAACAACAACUACAACAACAACUACUACCACCACCCCUAGGCCGACAACUGAACCAACUACAAAGAAACCAGGUAUAUCACAAUAG